AUGCCGGCGAUCUGCGUCACCCAACGCGUUACUUCAUGGCAGUACACAGCUCAUGCGACGGCGCGGGGCCAAGGUCGCAAUGGUCAGGUCAAGUCUGAUGACGACUACGGCCUAGACUUGCGUCUGGCUAUGCCAAAGUCGCUCGGAGGCAAGGGCGACGGCCAGAAUCCCGAGAUGCUCUUCGCAAUGGGCUAUGCUUCAUGCUUCCUUGGAGCGAUGCAAAUGAUGGCCGGGCGUGUGGGAAAAGCCGAAGCAGUCAAGAAUGCAGUCAUCCAUGCGCAGGUGCAUGUUGGAACGCCGAACGAGAUGGAGGGGUUUGGCCUGAAGGUGGAUAUCCAGGUGGAGAAUGUCGAGGAUGAGGAAAUCAUCAAAGCUGGGCAUGAGGCUUGUCCAUAUAGUCGCGCGUUGAAAUACGGUGCAGAGGUGAACGUGACGAAAGCCUGA